AUGACCACCAAGCCAUCAACGGCUUACAUCAAUCUGGAGAGGUAUGAGGAGGCCAUCAGUGACUGUGAAUGGGCUCUGAAGUGUAAUGGGAACUGCAUCAAAGCUUACCUCCACAUGGGCAAGGCGUACCUUGGGUUGAAGAAGUAUAGUGAGUCCAGAACAUGCUUUGAAAAAAUAGCUCAACUUGAGCCACAGAUGGAGAACAUGGCUAAAGAAUACCUGACCAAGAUGGAGCUGGAAGAGAAGAAGGAGAGUGAAGAAUUCAAUGCGAGGCAAGAUUUUGACAGGGGAGUGGAAAAGGCCAAACUAAUCCCUCAGCUUGUGGGGAAGCUGUCAGAGCCUGGGCAGAUGCUGCUCUACUAUUGCGGAAUAUUGGAGAUUCUCGCCCAUGCUGUGACUGACAGCAGCGGCCAGACGCUUUUCAGGCUGCAUAAUGGCUUCAGUAUUAUCGACAGCAAUGACACAACGAAGAGUUGCCUUUUGCAGGAAGCAAAUGACCCAUGCAGCCAAGACUUGUGUGUCAGCAUUCUCAACGUUUGGACGAUAACAUGCAGGGAAAACGAGGAAAACCAGAAAACGCUGUUGACAUGUCCAGCGUCCAAAGCGUCCAUUGUUCCCUUGGUCUCGGCUGAAAAUGACGCAAUGCAAAAGGAGUGCCUGGAAUUGUUAUGCGUGUUCUCGCAUACUGCACAUGGCAGACGUCUUCUCUUUGACAACUUGGAUGUCCCCACGUUAACAAGGAGCCUCAUGGCGUGCAUCUCGAGGCCAGCGCCGCAACGGGAGAACAGAGCGCUCCUCAUUUUGCAGGAGUUGGCGAGAGAAAAAAAAUUUUGCUUUCAGCUAAGAACUGUGCUGGCAGACUCUUUCUCUGAGCCAUUCACAACGAUCAUGAGCAAUAUCAGCAUGGACAAUCGUCACGUCGUCCCUUCGCUUUUAUCAGCUGUCGGCAGUCUGAGUAGAGAUGACAUCAUCCGUCACACCCUUGCUCACGAUACAGAAUGUUGGAAAGCCUUCCUGCUUGCCAUCAAAAAUUGCAUCGCAUGCAGUUUCAAUGAGAUACUUUACCCUCUGCUUGGCUUGAUCAUCAACCUUUCAACCCUGACCUCUCCUGUUAUUCAGGAAAAUGCAUUUUCACUGUGUGGCUGCUGCCUGGACCUGCUGAGGGAUAAUGAUGAAGACAUUGUUACGAGAGCCUUGGGUGUGCUGAGCACCGUCCUCCCUCAGUCCUCCGAGGCUGUUACUCAUGUUGUUCAGCGAGAUGUGGUGAAGACGGUGCUGCGACAGCUCAAGCAAGCAGACUUGGCUGCCACUAAGUAUGCUCUCAAGAUUCUGACGGUGUGCACGGCGGCCAGCCAGUUGGCCCGCGAGGUGCUGGUGAAGUCUGACAAAAAGCUGUCUGUUCUCCGGCGUUUGCUGAGCUCCAGCUCGGAUGAGAUGGUGACAGGAAAUGCUGCCCUGUGUCUGGCCCAUUGCCUGGAAUUGAAGGGUAUUGCAAGCAACCUGCUUGGCACUGAUAUUGUGCUUGAGUUGCUUCGCCAUGCUGCCGGAGACGCGAAGAGGACAGCCGUGCAGCAAAAUGCGGCCGUUGCACUGGGGAAGCUGUGUCAAUCCGAGCCCAGGCAUGUGAACAAACUCCGGGAGCUACACGGCUUUGAGAUCCUGCACUCCUGUAUGAAGCUCAUUAAAUAAGGACAUGAAAAUGGUCAUUUGAUUUAUUUAUUUAUUUAUUUAUUGGUACGACUUUUGAACCCUGUUCUUGACUGGCCUUGUUUUUCAAGGCCAUGUGGAAUGUAGCCUCAUUAGCAUAGAGAUGCAGCGACGGUGGGGCCACUUCAGUCAGCUUUGCCAUAUUAGAGGUGAUGAAUACAUCCCAAAAUCACAUUCCGUUAUUAAUGAUGGUGGCUUUGAUACAUGAAUUCCGAAAGACAUUUGUCCCAAAUACUUCAGCAGCCUAGCAACAUGAAUGAAUGAUACUCGCUAAGCUAAAGUAACACCCAGUCUGAAUAAUAUGCCCCUUCCCUUAAAACGCUUAAAUAUAUUUAUUUAAAAAAAAAAUAUUGUGGUUAUCUUUAAUAUUCUGUGGAUGAUCUAUCGUUUUGACAGUUAUGUCCAAUCUAUAUUAUGAAUUAUUGAUUCCUUGGCUGCUUUUUAUUCCUGUAUUUGAGUGGCGUAGAUGUCAAAUGUAUUUAAAUGAUA